AUGGUGUAUACCGGUUUGUUGCAACAACGGCGGAUGAUGUAUGGAAGCAGUGCAACGACUGAUGGAAAAUGUGAGGCUCUUGGUGGACAGUGCGCAUUGCCGAGCCAACAGAGAAUAUAUGGAAAAAAUGUGCUGAAGAAUUUGAAAAUAGAUGGGGAUUUCCCAAUUGCAUUGGCAGCGUGGACGUUUCCAAGCAGCGAAGAAGAAUGGAGAAGAAUUGCUAGGGAAUUUGAAGGAAAAUGGCAGUUUCCCAAUUGUUUAGGUAGCAUUGACGGGUACCAUUAUUGUUUAACCAUAGAUCAUUCAGUCAUGCAGAUAACAGAAGAAGGUAGGGAUUACCCAAGCGAUUACUUAGAAUUGACAAAUGAGCAAUAUACUUCCGAAGGGCUGGAAAUAAAUUGGGUUUAUUUAUUUUUCCUGAAGGCUCUAAAGCUCAGCGACAGUGAGGAAAAGUACGGGCAUUUGUGCAUAUUGAGCUCUCCAUUAAAGUUACCACCAACAAUCCCGUUCAUCGACUACGAUGAAUGGGCGCAAUUUCCAGAUAGUAAUUCGAGACUUUAUGAGCUCCUGCAUUCUGAGAUAGCUUAUGAAAUGGCUAAGUGUGCUUUCGUUUUUGUUAGUGAUUGA